GUUUAGUUUUCAGUGAUCUGUUGCUGUUAAGAUACUCCAUCUGGUAACAAAGUAACUGAUCGCAUUUGAAUUCAUAUAAUUUUUUCGUUAGAUUGUUGCUAACAUGCAAAGUUUUAAUACAUUAUAUAAAAAUAACCAUUCGUUUUAAAACGUGUAUGUUUAAAUAUGUCCAUGUUAGAGAUAGCAGAAUCAAUACUUCGAUCCAAAUUAUUUUGGAGCACAACAAUCGUCUUUGGGAUUUAUUUAUACCUGAAAUUUGUAAUUUUUAAUUAUUGGAAAAGGAAAGGAAUACCUCAUGAGGUUCCAAUAAUUCCUGUGGGGAAUAUUCUACCUGUCACACUUGGAAAACAGUGCACUGGUGAACUGAUCCAAGAGAGCUAUGAACGUUUUAAAUCAAAUCCUUUUCAUGGCAUGUACAUGUUUCACAUACCCCAUUUGGUAAUUAACGACCCUGAUUUGAUUCGUCUUAUCCUGAUAAAAGAUUUUUCUCAUUUCGGCGAUCGCGGUUUGUAUUUUAACAACGAUGUCGAUCCCUUAUCGGGACAUUUGUUCUUCAUGCCUGGCGAUGAAUGGAAACAUCUUAGAUCCAAGCUUUCUCCUACAUUCACUUCUGGGAAAAUGAAACAAAUGUUUCCCUUGGUAGUAAAAGUUGCUGAAGAUCUUAAAAAAGCUCUAGGCGCUUCUAUUGGAAAGUCUAGCACAGUUGAGGUCAAGGAUUUACUGAGCAGAUAUACAACAGAUAUGAUAGCAUCAAUUGCAUUCGGUGUCGAAUGUAAUAGUUUGAAUGAUCCAAAUGCAGAAUUUCGGGAAUACGGCAAAAAAGCCGUAGAUAUAAAUCCGGUCAAAGUGUCUCUAAUGAUGUUCUUUUCAAAAUUGAUGGAUAUUCUGAGAAUACCCAUCAAUUCUAAAGAGGUUUCAACAUUUUUCAACACGGUAUUCAGUGAUGUAAUUUCACACAGAAGAUCUAAUAAUGUGCCUAGAAAAGACUUUUUGGAUUUAUUGAUUCAACUCAUGGAUCACGGAAAAGUUGAAGAUGAUGAGGGAAUUGUAACUGAUAUUCCAAAGAACAAUAUAAAAAUUGUUCAAAAUACUGAAAACAUCAGUAUGUCCGAGGCAUGCGCACAAGCCUUUGUUUUCUUCAUAGCGGGAUUUGAAACUUCGUCUUCAACCUCUACUUAUUGCCUUCACGAGUUGGCAUUAAAACCUGACAUCCAAGACAAGCUACGUCAAGAAAUUAAUGAGAAGUUAGGUGGUCGUCAUGAAUUGUCAUAUGAGGACGUUUACGCAAUGCCUUAUCUAGAUAAAAUUGUAUCGGAGACAUUGAGGAAAUAUCCAAUACUUCCUAUUCUAAACCGUGUCUGCCUGAAAGAUUACAAGAUUCCAAAUUCAAAUUUCUGCAUACCGAAGGGUAUGAAUAUAAUAAUUCCUGUUUUAGGUCAACAGAAAGAUCCGAAAAUAUAUCCUGAUCCAGAAGAAUUCAGGCCAGAACGGUUUGACUCACAUGAAAUUGCAAAGAGACACGCUUUUACUUAUCUUCCAUUUGGUGAAGGCCCUAGGAUAUGUAUCGGUAAACGAUUCGGACUCCUACAAGUAAAAGUUGCCCUAAUUAAGAUUCUAUCACAUUAUCGAGUUAGCGUCUGUGAUAAAACAGAAAUUCGAAUAAAGCCUACAAUACGUAAUGUCCUUCUUACUCCAGUGGAUGAUGUAUUUUUAAAAGUCGAGAAGCUGUUAUCAUAGAAAAAUAUUUUAUACAUUAUAUUUUAUUAUUAUUUAGAAUAUUAAUUUUAGUAGUGCUUGACACCGUUAUUUCCCAAAACUUUGUCAUCCGCAACCGAUAUUGAUAACGUUACUGAAACGAAGGAGCGCGAUACCUUGUCGUUAGUUUUUUUUAAUAAUUCAUUUUUAAUAAGUACUUUUAAAUUCUUAAAAGCUCUAAACUGUUUAUUUGUAGAUAAAAGAGUUUUAAAAAUUAAA